AUGGAAUCGCUAGCAUCAUGGAAUGGGUUGGCAAUUGACCGCUCGGAAGUGGCACUGGAUGAGGAGGGACAAGGGCUCCUUGGACAGACGCCCCAUUGGAACGUACGCAAAGGCAAGUGUAGUGGAGCGCAGGUGGUACUUUAUUCGUGUCGGUCAACGCCUCUCAAGCUGGAGCUAUGGACGGUGGCUAUCGACACGCUGAAGCACUAUGUAGCGCCAUUCGCUCACCCCAAUAUCGUCCAGUUUCUUGGAGUGGUGACACCCUUGGAACAGGUUGAGAAUGACGUUCCGCCCCCACAUGAAUGCAUCGUCACGGAAUAUUUGCCGACAAGUCUCUAUGACGUGCUUCAUCGUGAUCGAGUCUGUUUAUCGCGGCGAGAGAUUGCUUUCAUAGCGAUCCAGAUUCUCCAGGGACUCUUGUUUCUGCACCGCAAACAACAAAGCUUGGGUGUAUGCUUGACCAGCAAGAAGGUGAUGAUGGAUGGAGCGAAGGGUGUCAAGCUGCGUCGAUUUGGAUUCGAGUUGGUGUUGCGAUCCGGCAAGGCACCGUCGCAGCUCUCGAGUCCCGCGUUAACGACUGUCUAUGAAAUGGCACCUGAGCUUCGCACAAGCUCAAGGUCACAGACGCGGUGCUCCACCAACUCGUCGCUGGCGUCGCCCACGACCGAUGACUCCAAUGCCGCAGAAUUCACGUCCUUACAGCAAGAUCUCUAUGCUUUUGGUGUCCUGCUCCUCGAAAUGUGCGCAUGUGAAAAACCCACGAACGAGCUAUUCAACCGCAUAUCCUGUGCAAAACAGAUUGAUCCUGUCUUCUACAAGGCCCUUGAGCUGACACUGUCGCUAGAAGGUGUUAUCGCAUCGGAAAAUCGGCGGAAAAGCUCUGCACAUGUUCAGGCGGAUGAUUUACUGAACGUGCUAGUGGCAAACGAACAGCACCGAGCUACAGAAGAAUUGCGGCUCUCGUCGUCAUCGUUUCCAUCUUUUUUGUAUGCUGACCGGUAUUUUGCUAGCAAGGAAGCUGAGCAAAUUGAAAUAAAGGUUCGAGAACGGGACCGCCGAGGAGAAGUCGAUCUUAAGCGGCUCUCUGCUGUAGAGCAAGAGCUGUUGGAUGAACAGAAAAACUUUGCGGUGCUCGUGCUUCAACUGGAACAAGCUCAGCAAAUGGGAGCGCAAGAAACUAAGGAAAAGGAACGACUGCAGAGUCAACUAGAACUGAAAGAGAAGCAAUUGCGCCAACGUGAUGAGGAAGUAAAUCAGCUGAAGGCUAAGAUCCAAUCACAAGAGGAGCACGUCUCUAGGCUGCAAGUCUCUUUGGAUGAAGAACUGAAAAGGAUCGAGGCACUACAACUAUCUAAAAUCGCAGACGCUGAGGAGAAGCAAGGGCUUCUGUUUGAAAUACUGAAACUCAAAGACGAGAAGCGCAAACUUAGCAUAGAAAAGGAGGGGGUGGAAGCAGAACGCGCGGCGAUAGCGCGCAAGGUGGGCGGUGAAAAGGAAACACUGGAAGAUCUUGAGGGUCGCUUAACCCAAGCAAUUCACCGAUGGGAAGAAGAGCAGCGUGUACGACGGAAGAUUGAAAGACAGGCUGAAGCAGCCAGUCGGCAACUUCUGCAAAUGGAAGAAGAACGGUGUAGUUAUUCAAGCGUGCUGCAGCAAAGUCCCACGCGAAAGCUCGCCCCGAAGGAGUCCCUUUCGUACGUACUUGCGCUCAAGGAUAAAGAAGUCGAUGAGCUGUCUCGUCGGCUUCAAGGUGCACUCGCCAGUCAGGUCUCGUUGCAAUCAGAUAUUUCUCGCCUUGAAGCUAGCUUAAGUGAAGCAAGUGCCGAGAAGGAUGCUUUGUUAGCUGAACAAGCUGAUGCGCGAAGAGAUCUCCUUUCCUUAAACUCUCGAAUUGAUGAGCACGUUGGAGACAUUGCCGCGCUACGCAAACAACUCCAGGGAGCAAACACCGAAAUCGAGGUGUUGAAGGCCAGAAUUGCCGAUUUUGAGGAAGAAUUGGAUCGGCAAGCGAAGAAGAAAGCCGAAGAGGAUAAAGCUCGCAAGCUAAAACAGUGCCUCACUCCUCAAUGCGAUGCCCCACGGUACCUUGUGGGUGCCUCAGGAUACUGCAAAGAGUGCGAAGAGCGUUCUGGUCGAGCUCCGUUUGUACGCGACGCGAAGAAGCAACGACAUCGUCGUCACCGCAGUUGGGAUGAUGCGAGUAUCGGUGGGGUUGGCGUGCGCAAGGCUGUCAAGAAUAUUCCGAUUAUGAAGCUGGUUCGUGUUCUCACAGGAGGCGACAAUGAAGACGCUCGGGUGGAGGAUGCAGACCAGCAGCAGUUACUGAAAGCACUCAAGCAGCUAACUUCGCUGCUAAAGUCCGAUGACAGCCUGAAGGAUGACCUUCCGGAAUGCCUCGUGAUCAAGUCAGUGCUGACGCUCAUGCACCAGCAUCGAAGUAACCUCGUGCUUCAGCUCGAGUGCUGCAGAUGCUUGAGUGUAGCGGUGUUCAAUCACGACCGCAACCGUCUCAUAGUAGUAGCAGAAGGUGGCGUCGACCCUGUUGUAGCAGCGAUGAAACUCUUCCAGUUGGAACCCAAGAUGCAAGAAGCAAGCUGCGUGUUGUUGACGAACCUUGCGCACAAUUGUGAGACCAAUCGUAAGCGGAUCCUUGACGGAGGCGGAAUCGAUGCAGUGCUACAGGCGAUGCAAACGUUUCCCGAGCAUCCUGGUGUGCAGAAGCGUAGCUGCUGGGCUUUGUUGACGCUAGCAGGAUCAGACUUGAUGUGUGACAGCAUUGCAAUGCGAGGUGGUCUGGGCGCUAUCAUAGCAGCGAUGCUCAACUGCCCUGCGGACGACCAUGUCCAAUACUACGGGAGCUGGGCUCUGGUCAACUUGCUUUCAGGUACCGAGCGCCUGCAGGCUUUUGCACGCCGUGAAGGGGUACGGGAAGUGGCCGAAGCUGCCCAUGCCUGCUUUCCAGAGCAUGAGGGCAUUCAGGAGAAGACGCUUGAGAUUUUGCGGUUACUUGGAUGA